GCACACCUCCAUACCAAAACUAUAGUAACGACUCAUCCACAUUACAUAUAACAAACAUGCAAGCCGCCGCCGCCGGCAACAGGCCUCACGCCGCCCUACUAGCGAGCCCCGGCAUGGGCCACCUCAUCCCCGUCCUCGAGCUCGGCAAGCGCCUCGUCACCCACCACGACAUCGCCGUCACCAUCUUCGUCGUCGCCACCGACGCCGCCACCACCAAGUCCCUCCUCAAAUCCUGCCCCACGACCAACUUCUCCAUCGUCCCGCUCCCGGCCGUCGACGUCUCCCACCACGUCGACCCUUCCGACCACAUCGUCACCAAGCUCCUCGUCAUGAUGCGCCACUCCAUCCCCAACCUCCGCUCCGCCAUCUCCGCGAUGGCGGACCCACCCACCGCCCUCAUCGUCGACAUCUUCGGCACGUCCACGUUCCCCGUCGCCGACGAGCUCGGCAUGCUCAAGUACGCGUUCGACACCACCACCGCCUGGUUCCUCGCCACCACCGUCUACGGCUCCUCCUCCGAGGACGAGGUGGCAAGGCAUGUCAACUCGAGGACCCCGCUCGUGGUCCCGGGUUGCAAACCGGUCCGGUUUGAGGACACGCUCGAUGCCUACAAGGCGAUGGGGGACCGGGUUUUCGACGAGUUCCAGCGCGUCGGGGUCGAGCUCGUGACGGCCGACGGGAUCCUGGUCAACACGUGGGAAGAGAUGGAGGGGAAAACCCUGGAGGCUCUCAGGAACCGGAAGGCCCUGAAAGACGUCGUCAGGGCCCCGGUCUACCCGAUCGGACCACUGGUCCGACCAUCGCCACCUCUGGAGACCAACGAGCCAAACGACGUCGUGGAGUGGCUGGACGGGCAGCCCGACCGGUCGGUCAUCUAUGUGUCGUUCGGGAGCGGCGGGACCCUCCCGCGGGCCCAGCUGGCCGAACUGGCCUGGGGGCUCGAGCUGAGCGGGCAGCGGUUUGUGUGGGUGGUCCGCCCUCCUCCAGUAGAGGACGGAGACGUUUCAGCCGCUUUCUUUUCUCUGGAAGAAGAAAGCGGUUCUGAAGGACCUCACCGGUACCUUCCGGAGGGAUUUUUGUCCCGGACCCACGACAGGGGGCUGGUGGUCCCCAUGUGGGCCUCGCAAGCGGAGAUCCUGGCCCACCCCGCGGUGGGCGGGUUCCUGUCGCACUGCGGGUGGAACUCGACGCUGGAGAGCCUGACGAACGGGGUGCCGAUGGUGGUGUGGCCGCUGUACGCGGAGCAGAAGCUGAACGCCGCCCUGCUGGCGGAGGAGCUCCAGGUGGCGGUGCGGCCGGGGUAUAACAACGGCGGCGUGGUGAAGAGGGAGGAAAUUGAGGAGAUGGUGAGGAGAGUGAUGGUGGCGGAGGAGGAAGAAGGGAAGGCGAUGAGGGAGAGGGUGAUGGAGCUGAAGGAAAGCGGGGAGAGGGCGUUGAGCCGGAAGUUGAAGGGUUCGUCGUACAGCGCGCUGGCGCAGGUGGCGAGGGAGCUGGAGUUGAACCACCAGCGGGUGGUGGCUAAAGCUCGUGGCUAGCUCCGGGGCCCAGGGAAUUAGCGACCCACGUAUGACGUGCAAGAAUGUGGGAGGCGGCCUUGUAUUUUGUUGAAGUGAUGGGGAAAAAUAAUGUGUGUUUCAAAUGGUCUACAAUGGAUCGAUGUUUAUUAUGUGAGAAUUUGUAGUAUAAAAUAUAAGUAGAUCUGUAUUACGUGGGGAGGAUGAUUCUCUCUUGCUUAUUUUCGUUUUGUUUAUAAGGAAGUGUCAUAGUAUAUGGUGAUUACUAUGUGUUUUUUUAUGCUACUCUCGUUCUCCAUUCCUCUUCGGUGAACCCAAGAAAGGAAAGCUGCAUGAGCAAAGAGUUUUUCUAAACAUUCCAUAUCAACAUUUCCAAAUAUGCAAACUCAUAUCCGUCCCAUACUCUUCCCGGGGAGGGGAGAGGGAUUUGCAACUCAUUGCUGGCGGUUUCGGGUACCCAUGGGUAAAUAUACCCGUCUCGUACAUCUAAUGUUAGGUACUAUACCUAUAAUUCAACAUGUAGACCAUAAGUUAUAACACUAAACGAAUAUAAUAAGUCAUGAAAUCAACAAAACUACGACCAUUCUUAAUAUGAGUCCAAUGCAUCCAAUUCCAAAACAUCCAUUAAUCGAUAAAAAAGUACAAUACUAUCAGAAUAAUCUCCGACUUUGACACAUCUACCGAGCAAUGGAAAACUAACACAAUGGAAAAAAAAUUGAAAGAGUGACAAUGUGAAUGGAGGAAAGAAGUUAGUGUUUGGUUUGAGAGGCCACUCAAUUACAUUCCAACUGUUUAUUUUUUUUAAUUAUUCUUCCUGUAAUUGAGAGAUUUAAAUAUGAUUCUAAUGUUUUUAUAUAUGAAGAAAUACUCACAGUGAGGUAUGAGUAUGGCUAAGAGUAUGAGAUGAAAACUUAAAACCAUACCCUGCAGGAAUUUCCCACAUACCCACAAUAAUUAAUGAAUUUGAUUAUCAUCCCUACCUAUCAAUAUGUAGUAAACUAUUGCACUAUACAAUUAUUAAGUAGCUCUAGAACUUAUACAGCUUUUUACAGCUGUACGUACAAAUUAACUAGUCUUAUGCAUAUUAAACUAACCUAAUCUCCAUCAUGAUCAAGAGACAUUAUUAUCGAUCUUAAUUGCCUUUCAAGCUAGCGUCGCUAUUGUCUCGUACUUUCUUAAUUCGUUUAAAGAAGGAAGGAAGAAGAAGAAGUUGGUGCCCCGUUGUCUAAUCCAACACGUCGGUGGCAAUUAGUCGCUAUAAUAUCUAUGGACGUAGACUGGAGGGCAAAGAAUCUACUGUCCUGCCAAUAUUGUGGCUACUGGCUUGCAAUAUCAGUUAACAGGAAUGUCGUUUGUCGAUCCGGACCAACAUCUCAUUAAUCUAGACUAAGAAUGGUGGACAAUAUCAAUUCGUAAAACCGGAUUAAACCAUCAAGCCGGUUUAACAAGUGGUUUGAUGAGCUUUAAUGGUCGAAGUGGGUUCAAUAUAAUUAGUUUAAGUCGGUUUUAACAUAAUAUGUGAGAGAACCUCUAAUACCAAACAGAUUACGCAUAUAUUUGACAUACAUAUUUUAAAACAAUCUCACUAAUUUGCAUUCAUAUAUUAUCAAAUUAUUUCCUGAUCAAAGCAAAAUAUAUAUUAUAUACAAACUUAUUCUACAAAAUUAAACCACAGUCGCAUGCAGGCGAACAUUUGUAGCAAAUCCAAUACACACAUACGAUUGAUGAGGCAGAAAGCAUAUUGUGGAACAAUUUCAACCGUUGGCUUGAGGUUUCUAGAACCUUAACUGCCAUAUGUCAGUGAUGAGGUAGUCGCUCAUUUGAUUGAGAAAUAUAUAUAUAAAAUUUAUUGAUUUUU